UAUGUUCCAGGUCCUGAUUUGAGGAUUGUGAUAAUAGGAAAAACUGGUGUGGGGAAGAGUUCCUCUGGAAACACCAUCCUGGGAAAAAAACAUUUCAAAUCUCGUCCCAGUUCAGAGUCAGUGACUGAAACCUGUGAAAUAGCUGAAGCACAGUGGGAAGGGAGAAAUAUUUCUGUCAUAGACACACCAGGGAUCCUGGACCCUAAGAAAUCUGCAGAGAUGAUCAAAAAGGAAAUUGUGAGAUGUGUUGAAGUCUCCAGUCCAGGUCCUCAUGCUUUUCUACUGGUGCUCCAAGUCGGUCGAUUCACGAAAGAGGAGAAAAACUCUGUGAAAGCCCUGCAGGAGUUGUUUGCUCCAAAAGCUCAACAUUACAUGAUUGUGCUGUUUACCCAUGGAGAUGACCUUGAAGAGCAGGAAAUCACCAUGCAGCAGUAUGAACGUGAAGCCAAACCAGAGCUCAGACAAGUCAUCCAAAGCUGUGGAAACAGGUUCCACAUCUUCAACAACAAAAGCAAAGACAGAAAGCAGGUGGAGGAGCUGAUGAAGAAGAUUGAUGACAUGGUGGCAGGAAAUGCUGGCACAUACUACACAAAUGAAAUGUAUAGAGAGGUGGAAGAAAGGAAACAGAAACAAGCUGAGAUGGAGGACGAAGAAUACAAGUUCCUGAGUCAACUGGUAGAGCAGAUUCGAAGUUUUCAUUCACGUCUUAAAAGAGAAUAA